AUGAAAACUAAACAGCCUAAAGAAGAAACUGACAAGAGUAUUGAUGAGGAUACUGUUGAGCCAAAAACUCGAGCAAGAAAAAAGGCCUCAGACUUGGAAGAAGAGAAAUCAAAAGCAAGUCAGGAUGAAGCUAAAAUUCCUCAAGAAACUAAAAAGCCUGUGGCAAAACCUAAAGGUGUAAUAAGGAAACGGCCACUUGGUAUCCGAAAAACAAAAAAAUUAAGAAGUAAAAAGGUUCCAGUCAUAAAGAAAAAUGUUAUCAAGCAAAAAGCAAAAAGAGGUAGGAAACCAUUAAAGAAGCCUGAUAAUUCUCAAGAGAAGGAAGCAAUCCCUUUGAUACCUGCUUCUGAAAUUAAAAAAGAGCCAGUUGACGAUACUACACCCAACUCUAGGUCAUCCAGUCCUAAAACAGCAGGUCGUCGGUCCAGAUUAAGCUCUGAUAUGCUCAUGAUGAAAUCUGUUCUUGGAGACUCUCCUAGUAGCUUGAUUCUUGGCCCCCGCACAAGCCCAUAUUCUAUGCGGUCUGAAAGAAGUAAUAGUCCUUCAUUGUUUGAAGGCAAAAACUUGAGGAGCGGGAAACCUAGAAAGCUAAAGAACAAUCUUUUAAAUGAAGUUGUGAUUAAAGAACAAAAGAAGCGGACAAGGCUCCCAUCAGAUUCAAAACAAGAAAUGCCAGAUUCUUCAGAAGACUGUAAAAGAAUAAAAAGGGGUCGCUCCUGCUCUCGAGAUGGAAGUGAAAUCUCAAAAUGCUCAGAUAUUACAGAGUCUGACAUAAGCUUAAAUGAAACGCUUACUGAACCUGAUAAGGAGCUCAACAAGAAAACAGAUAAACCUAAGACUGAACUAGACGUAGAUAUUGAUACUAAUGUACAGAUCUCAACUAUUGAAAAAGUGCCUUCCCCAAAUGUUGACUCCAAACCAGAAAUAAAGCUUGACCCAGAACCUAGUUCCUUAGAGAAAGACAAAAGAAGAUUGAGCUUAAAAAGAAGUACUUCAUUAGAUUCUGACAACAAUAAUAGUAAUAGAGUUAAGAUUAACAAUUUAAAUACAGCAGAUAUUGAACUCAAAUUGUUUGAGACUGAAAAUGAUAAGCUUUUAGAGGAUCGUAGUAGUAUUUUAAAUUGUAUGUCCAAGACAUUUAAUUCAAAGGAAGUUUCCAAAAAUAUAAGGAAAGCAAGAAGAGGAAAGAAGACUGCCACAACACCACGGGCCGGGGCCAAUCAAGUAGGGAAAAGUAACUCUUUAGAUACUGAAAUAUCAGAGCCUAUAGAUACUGUUGACAGUUUGUCUAAGGAGAUCACUGAUCUCAUUCACAACUUGGACCAGAACAUAGACUGUGAUCAGGAAAGCACAAUUGAGAGUAAUUCAAUGGUAGUUGAUCAGAUGCAAUCAAAAUCAGUUCGCCAAUUCUAUGGAUUAUCAAAACCUUUAGGAGAUAACAACAGUAUUGUUAGUGAAACUCCCGCUAAAGAAAAAGAACCUAGCAUGCAAAUUGCCAAUGAAGGCACACCCAUCAAGGAUGAUAGUGAAAAUAUAAGAUUGCACUAUGAAGAUUCAGAAGAAAAAUCUUCAGAAAGUAAGCCUGAAAUAACUUACAAACGUGCAACAGUAGCUAGCAUAGAUAAGUUAAUGGAUAGACUGAAAGAGUUCGAAGAGUUUGAUAAGCGAAGGAAGAGACAACAAUCAGAAUCCAAAUCAAAUGAUAAGACCGUCAUGGUUACAAACGACGUCGUUCUAAUACCAAAGUCUGGGGCAGACAUUAAGCCCUUAAAAGAUAUGCAACCUGAGAAAUCACCAGAAAGGUUUAUUGAAAAAGAAAAUGUUUUAAGCUGUUUCGAAAAUAACUCUGCUAUUUCUAUAGUUAAACGGGAUCAAGUUCGUCGGUCAAUAGAGGUCGAUCUUCCGAAUUCAGUUACCUUAAUAAAACGAAACAGCGUCAGUGCGCGCAAAGAAUCUACCAGUUCCAAUCACUCAAAGGAAUCAGAUGCCAUUAGUAUAUUUGAAAAAUCCCUGGGCAAAGAUGUGACAUUGACAGAAAUACGGAAAUCGGUUGAUAAACCGGUACCGUCGCCACAAGUCGACUUACAUCAGUUUGCAACUUUACAACCCAACAAUCCUACACAAACUAUAGGCGGAGUUACACUAGAUUCCAGCCAAAUAUCUAUAACACCCCGAAAUGUGGAAUCGAAAUUAAAUUGUUCUGAUAUUCAUAUUAUGAAGCGUAAUUCCAGAGAGUCUAUAUCGCGGAAGUCGUCUGGCUCGAGCGCCGAUAUAGAUGAUAAAAUGGCUACAUUGGAAAAAAUUAAAUCACCACAACAAAUCAAAAAGUUUGAAAUUUCCAUCACGGCAACGCCCGUUGCUGUAAGGUCGCCUGAGGUGACACAGCCUGUUGAAACCGAAGCAUUAGCACCCCCUUUGGUGGAUGUUAGGUCAACUCCUGAAAACAUAUCCAGUUCCGAAACUGUUCAAGCUGAAAAAAUGGAAACUGUUGACAUCCCUACAGCUGUUACUGAUGUAACUAAGACCAUCGUAAAAUCCGAAGAGAAAAUUGACGCAAAGCCGGCAGAGGAUGUCAAAAAGCCUGAGCCAUCCGUGGCUGAGAAGCCUGAAGAAGCCAAAACUGUACAACUUAACAAACCUAAAACUGAGACCUCCGUCAAAAUAGAAGACCAGAAGUUAUCAAAGCCGGUUACGAGAACCAAAUCGCGUAGUUCAACGGAAAUGCCAGGACCUAGCAACCUUCUUCACGAGACACCAGAGAGUCAAAAACGAAAGGAGAACGUGCUAAGAACGUUAGGUUUAUUAACACAUAAAGCAGCAAAUGAAGCUAAAGCAAAGAAAUUGAAAGAAAAGGAGCUAAUUUAUGGGGCAAACUACAAUAUCAUGGGGAAGGGAAAAGCUUCUAAGUCAGAUUACACGGGCACUUUGAAGACUGUGAUAAAAUUGAACCGAGGUGAAAAGAAGAGGCACAGGAGUUCCUUAAAAAUGACCUUUCAAAAAAGCAAACAUCGGGGCAAGCCAUUAGUGGAGGUUGGAGAAGCUGGCUGCGAUGACGAAGCCUACUACACCAUAGAAAGGCGAGAGGGUGUCGCAGGCGCAACAUUGGACGGUGGGCACAGAAAGUCACAUUACAGUAAUAGAAGUAACAAUCAUGACACAGAAGCGGCACCCGAACCUGAUCCAAAGGAAACGGUUAAUCUGGUUAUCCCGGAGAAGGCGUCUUCAUUCAGCAUCCACCCUGGACGAUUGUGUAUGGACCAGUGUUUCUAUUGUGGCGGGAAAUUCGGAUUAUUUGAUACGCCCUGUCAUAUCGCGCAGAUGAAGAGUAGCGAGAGACAGAAGAAAGUGCUUGACAACGAAGAGAAGUUGACAAUUGACAGUUGUCUAUGUGACGCGUGCUAUCGUCAUGUGGACCGCAGAGCCAACUGCCCAUCAUACAGGAAGCGGCCCAUGGGCAAACCAUUAGAUGUACCGCAGCCUCCCUCACCACCUAAUAAUGCAGGUACUGAUAAGCCAGUGAGCCCCCCACUGGAAGAAGAGAGCGAAGAGGAACCCUCAGAGGCUCCGGGAAGACUGGCCACCUGUCACACGAGUGGGUGUGUCCUACCCGCGGAGCAUUCCAUACGACGCAAGUGGCUUAUUAAGAUGAGAUCCAGUGUUAAUAAGCUGCUCAAGCUAGACGGAGACUACCCCGGCCUGCACACGAUACCAUUAUGCGGCGAGCAUUACCGAAUUCUGGUACCGCUGAUGGCUUGUGUUCUGUGCCGUCGACGGCUGACCAAACACCACAAUUUACAUUUCAUACAUCAUGGCUACACAGACUUGAACCCAAUGCUAAAAGAAGCCGGAAUUCCCGUGCAGUUCACCGAAAGACCAGUUCUUUGUAAGGUGUGUCGGUAUUACUGCACUUUGCUACAACGACCCGGCCAUAAUGAUAACCACGCCAGAGCUUACCGACGGAAAUUGCUUGAGAUCUACAAUGUAGACAUACCACCCGAGUUGGAACAACAGACUGAAGACACCUCCGCAUUAGAAGACUGCAACAAUGUUGCCAACAGACAGAAAAAGAAAACCAAAAUAAAGAUAAAGCAACGCAAAUCCACUGAACCAGAAACGAGUGAAUCGUCCGAAAGAACAACAGAAAGCUCGCCAGAAAAAGAGAAGUUAAUGGAAGAAUUAGAACCGCAUAAGAAUACUCAUUUAGAGGAAGAUAUAGAGAGCCUCAUAUCAUCCAAUAAGAUACCAGUUCCCGGAGCGAAGCCACCCGAAUCGGCCCAAAGUGACUGCUCCGAAUCAGAAAUGGCAGUAGAUGAGACUCAAAUGAUAGGCGUGGACAAACAAACAGAAUUACGAUACCUCCUACAGAAACAAAACAAUCCAGCGCGGUUCCAAAACUUAAAUCUCACACAGAAAAGCCGGAAUAUACUUAAAGUGCAGAAUGUUGGCAUACAAAAAGUUGGACAGCAGCACAGAAUUUCCGAUAAGAAUGUUAAGAGGAUACAAAAGCUCGGUCAGAUUGUCGCGCACAAGGAGAAACCCAAGAAAGAGACUGAAAUAGAAGAAUUCGAGGCGGACAAGUCAGAAGACGUAAUUAAAAACAUUUCCCUAAACGAUGAAUGUACGAUCGAGACUAUACCAAACAAACGACCGGCCGAUAUCAAUACAUUGAAGAACAAAUGGCAGUUGUCAGAAAGCUUCAGCCAAGUCAAGAAGAACCUCAGCGAGCUGUCUAAAAAGGUCGACAAAGAUCCGAAGAAGCCUUCGGAAUCAAAAUACUCAAAUCCAGUCAAGAGACUAGAAACAAAUCCAUCCAUAUCCGUACGAGAAUUAUUCCCUGGCGAAGAAGAAAUGAACCUUCAGUGCAAUGUUGAGUUUAAUAACGUGAAGGGGGUCACUCCAGCGGGCUGGGAGAAGUGUAAUUCUCUUAUACAAUUCGAUGUGGAAACGAAAAAGUUGUGGAACGAACUACAGAGGCCCUACGGAAACCAAUCGAGUUUCCUACGACAUCUGAUUUUGUUGGAGAAGUACUUCAGGAGUGGGGACUUGAUUUUAUCGCAUAAUGCAUCCCCUCACGCCGCCAUCUAUAGUAAUUCCAUGCAAAAACGAUUGAAGGCGUACGAUAACGUAGCGACUCCGGCCGAAACACCGAAGACGUCCAGUCUCAUCGAAUUCCGGAAGAAACCGUCGGUGAACGGAAAGAGUUUGCUGAAAUCGAGCCAAAACCCUGAAAAGAAAUUCAUGCCGCCUCCAGAUUUUACAAAACCUUCCCCCAAAUCGAAGAAAACUAAACAGUUGCCCCCAGAAUUAAUAGCUAUUAACACACCAAAUGCUCAAGGAAGGAAGGCCAUACAAAAUGUAUUGCACAACAUUCAACAAUUGGUCAAGGGCGUGUCGGCCUCGGACCCUACAGAAGUGGCCGCUGCCCCUUUGCCCCCACCGAAGUUUGAGCCUCCAAAAGAAAAGAAGGAACCCCCUAAAGAGCAGAAGGAAAAGAAGGAAACACCGAAGGAACCGAAAGAAAGGAAAGAGCCUAAGAAACAAAAGUCUAAUAACAAGGGUUGGAGACCUACACUGAUGCCCAUAACUCAGGAGAACGUGGCAAAGAUAGCCCGAGAGCCGCUGAAAACAGCCGUCGACGGUCACAGCUUGCCAAGCUUGGUGCAAGUUAUAUCAUCAGGGAACCGAUACCACAUAUCCUUCGAGGACUAUAACAAAAUGUGUCUCAUCCGGAAAGAGAGACAGCAACGGCUUCACGAGAAGAAGUCCACUAAACCCUCAACCGAGGAGACGUCCGUAGUCACAGAGGUCCAGACCUCCGCAAUGCUCGGGAACGGAGGCACGGUGGUCCAAAAUAUAACCACCGAGAAGGAUGAGAAGACUGACGCCCAAUUGACUACAAACGCCGCCACGAUACUUAAAAACGUCGGUCUCAAAAACAUCACCAUCGCCCCGAUUCCGCCUAAAACGUCGACUAUGACGUCACAAACCCUAUCUCUAGUGACGUCACAGCCCCUCUCCGUCGUGACGCCACAGAUUAUAACCAACGCCGUGAAGCCGCUGACGGCAGUCGACAAUUCGAUGUCACUCCCCAAAAUACCGAAAUCCCUAACCGUGAUCCCGCAGGUUGUCCCGCAAAUAGUGCCGGUCGUCACGACGGCCCCGUCCCAGACUGACAGUAGACCAUAA